AUGCUUGGAGAAAUAGUGAUGGAUUUGGGGGUAAUUGAAUCUGAACAGAAUUUCUCCGAAUCGAUGCCAUGUCGAUCACGAUCUCAAAAAAUAUAUAUAUGUAUACGUGCGUGUGUUUGUGAGAAAUAUCACAAAUGUUGUAAGGAGCGGUUGCGGAAUUGGGCGGGAGUAGGAGAAGCCAACUGCGGGACUGAAACGAACAAUUCGUGGAUUUGUAGACGAGGAUCAUUGCAGCAGCAGCAGCGCCGGAGCAUCUGCGAAACCGAAAUAGAACGCAACUUCUUAUAAAAGUGCGGAGAUGGGUGGUCGUAGGCGCAAACUUACCAAGAUAAUGAGCAAAUUUUUCAGCUGCGCCUCUGGGGAUCCUGCAGGAUUUGCAGGAAAUAGCGGAGGGAUUGCAGGAAUGUCGCCUAUAGGGGUUCGUGUAUAUGUUCAAGAUCGUCAUGUGGUAUUGGACAACGGCAUUCUUCAAGUUACGUUAUCGAAUCCAGAGGGAAUUGUUACUGGAAUUUGUUAUAACGGUGUCGACAAUUUGCUUGAAGUCCUUAACGACGAGAGUAAUAGAGGGUACUGGGACGUUGUGUGGAACACAUUAGAUGGAAGUAGCAAAGCAGGAGUCUUUGAAGUGAUCAGAGCAACAAAUUUUAAGGUUAUAAAGGAAACCGAGGAUCAAGUAGAGGUUUCGUUCUCAAGACCAUGGGAUCCCUCACUUCAGGGGAAGCUUGUUCCGUUAAGUAUAGACAAAAGGUUUAUCCUGCUCCGUGGCUGCUCUGGAUUCUACUCCUACGCGAUAUACGAACAUGUUGGUUCAAUGGACUGGCCAGCUUUCAGCAUUGGUGAAACCAGGAUUGCAUUCAAACUACGAAAAGACAAGUUUCGUUACAUGGCUGUUGCGGACAACAGACGCAGACUUAUGCCCCUACCAGAGGACCGAUUACCUGGAAGAGGCCAAGCUCUUGCCUAUCCAGAGGCAGUCCUCCUCGUUAAUCCUGUUGAUCCUGAGCUUAAAGGAGAAGUCGAUGACAAGUACCAAUACUCGUGUGAUAACAAAGAUCUCAAGGUACAUGGCUGGAUUUCUAUGGACCCACCAGUUGGGUUUUGGCAAAUCACACCCAGUGACGAGUUCCGCUCUGGCGGGCCCCUCAAACAAAAUCUCACCUCCCACGUGGGACCAACAACCCUGGCUGUUUUUCUCAGUGCUCACUAUGCUGGAGAUGACUUGGUCCCAAAAUUUGGUCAGGGUGAACCAUGGAAGAAAGUAUUUGGCCCAGUUUUCAUCUAUGUCAACUCUGUGAUGGGCGGAGAAGAUCCACUAACCCUAUGGGACGAUGCUAAACGACAGAUGUUGGUUGAAGUCCAAAGCUGGCCUUACAGUUUUCCAGCAUCAGAGGAUUUCCUGUCCGCAGAUCAGAGGGGUAACGUCAGCGGUAAACUACUGGUCUCUGACAGGUAUGUUAAUAGUGAUCUUAUUCCAGCAAACAGGGCAUUUGUGGGAUUGGCACCUCCUGGAGAUGUUGGGUCCUGGCAAAGAGAAUGCAAGGAUUACCAGUUCUGGACACAAGCAGAUGAGAUGGGCUAUUUUUCCAUCAAUAACAUCCGCCCUGGUAACUACAAUCUUUAUGCAUGGGUGCCUGGAUUCAUUGGAGAUUACAGGAAUGACAGUGCCAUUACCAUAACCCCAGGCUGUGAGAUUGACAUGGGUGAUAUUGUAUACGAGCCUCCCCGAGACGGCCCGACAUUGUGGGAAAUAGGCAUUACUGACCGUUCUGCUUCAGAGUAUUUUGUUCCUGAUCCUAACCCUAAAUAUGUUAACAAACUCUACAUCAAUCACCCAGACAGAUUUAGGCAGUAUGGGCUGUGGGAGAAGUAUUCGGAGUUAUAUCCUAACGACGACUUAGUUUACACAGUUGGCAAGAGCGACUACCGCAAAGAUUGGCUCUUUGCACAAGUUAACAGGAAACGAGACGACAACACGUAUCAAGGAACCACAUGGCAAAUCAAAUUCGCGCUCGACACUGUCAAUCAAAGCGGAACCUAUAAAUUGCGUGUGGCGAUCGCCUCUGCAACUCUAGCUGAACUGCAGGUUCGAGUAAAUGAUCGAACAACGAACCGGCCGUUAUUUUCGAGUGGCUUGAUUGGGAGGGAUAACUCAAUUGCAAGGCAUGGAAUCCAUGGGUUGUACUGGCUGUACAACAUAGACAUAGAUGGUGCACUGCUGGUGCAAGGGGACAAUACCAUAUACUUGACUCAACCAAGGUGUCAGAGUCCUUUCCAGGGCCUCAUGUAUGAUUACAUUCGACUUGAAGCUCCCUCUAACUAGACACUUAAGUUUCUUAUUUCCUUUUCUUGUGGACUCCCAAAAUAUGACAAGAAAAGCUCAAUAAGAACUUGGUAUAGAGUUAUACAACAUGAGCUAUUAUGUAACUCGAGUGUUUAAACCAUACUGUAGUUCAAGCAUUAUGCCUUGAUUCUGAAUUCGAUAUGAAGAAAUAAUAAUUUUUUUAUCUGGACAUGGCUUUCGGUGU